AUGAAUGUUCCUCUGGAGCACGGGAAUAUUCUGAAGCACAAAAACGAUGUUAUCCGGUCCAAUCUGGCUAGCGUGGAGCGCAUCCAUAUAUACGAGUUCGACAAUGCUCUAUUUCGCACGCCCCUGCCUAAUGCGUAUUUGUUUAAUUCUGAUUCCAUAGAUCUCAUGACCAAAAACCCAGACCCGCUUUCCAAGUUCAACUGGUUUUCCAGCGUGCGUGUAUUAAAGGAGGUCGGAAAAACGCGUGUGGACGAGACAUCGCUCAACACGGAAGGACUCUGGAACGAGAUACUUCGACAACUGAUAGUAGAUUCGAACGAAGACAGAAACACACUCACGAUACUCUCCGUCACGCGCAUUCCCGAACUGUUCACAAGCAUGAUUUUGCGGCUCUUGAAAACGGCCCAGCUUGACGACUGUUUCGACUGUAUUCUGAUGAAUGAGGAUCCCAAUUAUCUUGAUCUCGUUGUUUCUGCUACCACGCCUCUGUGCCAUCAGCUAAAGGAAAUCACAGUCUACGCGGCCACCAAACAGCUCCAGGUGGACGGAGUUGGAUGUCUGAACAUCGCUGUACCAUUUGAGUCCUCCUACCUGCUGCCGCAGCUCGAGGUAGCCAUUGUCCAGGAAAUGCUGCUAGGAGAGCCUUUCCAGCUGCGUCGCAGUAUUUUUUCCUCCUACUACAUGCUUAGUCCGGAGUCACGCCAAGAACUCCUGCGAAGGACUGUCACUGAAGACUUUAUACUCCCAGAGGACCGUCCAGGGUUGUUUUUUGAAGGUGAAGGAGUGCUUAUAGGAAAGAACCAGCUAUCUCAGAGCAAGUUGGACGAGCUUGGCGGUAUAUCCAAGCCUGUUAUUAUUGGUGCUGUUAGUCUGGGCAGCAUCAAGGGCCGUAUUUAUGCCAUGAGGGUAAUCAUCAACGACGAGAACGCACAGACGUAUUUGCAGCCGCCGGUCAUUGUGAUUGCGCGAAAACCAGACGUUCUGCUUAAGGAGGUGGAACAAAUUGAAAACUGGCAGACAACGCGCGAGCUUUUCAGUUUGGAGGCCCGAAUCGAGUACAAGCAAAUAUUUAAGAUCCAGAGCGAGCAAAAAUAG